UUGAGCAUCAUGAAAGAUGACCCAGAAGAGGCGGAGCUAAUUUUGCAUGAUGCUCUUCGCCUUGCAUAUCAGAGUGAUAACAAGAAAGCCAUCUCUUACACUUACGACUUGAUGGCCAACUUAGCAUUUAUACGAGGGCAGCUUGAAAAUGCAGAACAACUUUUUAAAGCAACAAUGAGUUACCUGCUUGGAGGAGGCAUGAAGCAGGAGGACAAUGCAAUAAUCGAGAUCUCUCUGAAGCUGGCCAGUAUCUAUGCUGCUCAGAAUAAACAGGAAUUUGCCCUUGCUGGCUAUGAAUUCUGCAUUUCGACUCUAGAGGAAAAAAUUGAAAGAGAAAAGGAAUUAGCAGAAGAUAUUAUGUCAGUGGAAGAGAAAGCCAAUACCUACCUCCUCCUUGGCAUGUGCUUAGAUUCUUGUGCACGCUACCUGCUCUUCUCCAAGCAGCUAUCGCAAGCACAGAGGAUGUAUGAGAAAGCCCUGCAGAUUUGUCAAGAAAUACAAGGAGAAAGACACCCACAGACCAUUGUGCUGAUGAGUGACUUGGCUACUACUCUGGAUGCACAGGGCCACUUUGAUGACGCCUACAUAUAUAUGCAGAGGGCAUCAGAUCUGGCGAGAGAGAUCAAUCACCCUGAGCUGCAUAUGGUGCUCAGCAAUCUGACUGCCAUCUUGAUCUACAGAGAACGAUACACACAAGCAAAAGAGAUCUACCAGGAAGCACUGAAGCAAGCAGAGCUGAAAAGAGAUGAGGUUUCUGUACAGCACAUCAGGGAAGAAUUGGCUGAGCUGUCAAGAAAAAGUAGACUUUUGACUUAAUUUUGUUAAGCUAUGUAAGUUCAUUUGUUGUAGGGAGGGUGAUUUCUAGUAGCCCAAAAGAGUGACUGUUCUUCAGUGUCUGGACCCCAAGCAGUGGUUCGAAUCAUUGUUGAAAUUCAGCUUUCUUUAACCCCGCCUCGGUGGAGGACAAGUUGUAUACACUGCCACUUUUGUUUCUAAAUUUAGUUUACUUUGAGAAUGGGGUGUUGGCCUCCAACUUGGAGUCCUCCUGCCUCAGUAUCCCAAGUGCUGGGGUUGUUGAUAGGCAGGUGACACUGUGCCUGGCCCUACUUUUGUUUGUAAAGGUGCAACAGCUUUCACCCUGUACUGACUGUGACUUAUAUGGGUGUGGUGUGAAGUGAUGCUUUCCAUUGCAACAUGUAAGGGGGGUUCCAUCCUCGUCUGAGAAAAUGGUAUACUCUAAGUGGCUAAGUUCUCCAUGGUGUGGUCAUUACACCUUCUGUAGGAUUUUGGUUCGUGCUUUCUCAUCUCUAUCCAUUUCUGGCAAACAAGUUACUUGUCUGGCACAGGAGGAUUUUGGUGAGUGUUUUUUUUUUUUAUAAUCUUUUAUUGAAGCAUUGUGAGAGUUAAUGUAGAGGAGAAAUGAUUAAAUUCUAGUUGGCCACCAGUAAGCAACAUUCACUUCUAAAGUGGGAGGGAAUAGGCACUUUGUCACCUGUUUAUAUGUGCACUAAAAAUGGUGGUGGCAGAAAGGCUGCAGGCUCUCAUCAGUGCUGUUUGAGCACUGAGCUUCCUUUAUAGCCAUAAUCACAUAGUGGAGUCUAGCCGAAUCCAGUAAUAAUACUAAUAACAACAUAGAUGUGUGCCAUUGGCAGUGUGGAACCUACCCUAGCUCUACCUUUUUAUAUGUAAGUUCUGUAAAAUGGGAAAGCAAUUAGAUUUUAUGUCUGAUGACUUAAAAUGUAUUGACUGCUAUGCUGGAAAAAAAAAAAAAACUUCAUCACUGCCUCAGAUUACAUACAUACAAGAUACAUGGAUGAAUGCUUUUACCUUUGCAGCUUGGCAGAUGGCCAUUUGACUGGGAGAAAAGACAAUUUUUCUGGGUGUCAUGAAGGAAUACUGGUGGUUUUGGCAUCCCCAUGGAGGUGGGCAGCUUGAGUAACAGGACUGGCCAAUGGACUAUUGGUUCACAUGUUUGUACUGGGAGAAUGAAUCUUUGUAAAUAAACUAGAGACUACACAAUAUUGUAUGUACUCUAAUAAUCUUUGAAUCAUAGAAAAAUAAUUGACUGAGUUACUAAAAGGAAAAUCCUAAGGUCCAAAGCCUCAGAAUUUUGUGUUGUGCAGGGAGAGUUCUCACCACCUUCUGUCUAAGCUCAUUUACCACUUAAUCCUUAACUAACCAAGAAUAACAAGAGAUAUGAUUUCAGUCACCUUUUGCUUUGAGAGUGUUUUACUGUUUCAUAAGUCCAGAAUUACCAAAAGUAAAGUCUUAGGAUUUUUAAUGCUCUGUAGUGAUUUGCCUCAUGGUCCUGUGGCUGGGGAGACUGUAGUUUUCAGAUAGAUGGUCUAAAACACAUGUUCCCAGGAGCAUUCAUUUGCACUAUUAUAAAAAAGGCAGUGAGACAAAGGGACUGAUCUUCUUUUACUGAUUACAACUUCAAACAAUUUACAUUUAAUCUCAUAUUAAAGUUUUGAACUAUACCAUGUUACUGGAGUUUUCAGGGCAUAAGUGUAUGUAAGAUAGAAUCACAACAUAGGAAAAUUUAAAGUGUAGUAUAAAAUUUCUCACUAAAUAGCCUGGAAAAUUGUUAGAAUAUUACCUCUGCUGGAAGACCUUGAUUAAGUUGCAUGUGCAUGUGUUAAAGUGUUGGCCCACAAAAAAAAUGCUACACCUUGA